CAUUUCAAAUGGAAAAAAAUAUUUGAGGGAUUAAGACUGAGCAUCCAACCAUGGUUGCUCCGCUUUUUCCCCAUAAAUUAUUCUUUCCCUAAUCUCCAUUCGCCAACACUGAUAUUUGACUUUUGCUUCCAUUUCUCUUCAGUAGCAAUUCUCUUACAUAGAGAAAUUGCACAAAAAACCCUUGAGAAUAAUCUACAUAUGGCAGCAGCAAGCAGUGUAAAAGUGCCUAGGAUCAAGCUGGGUUCGCAGGGACUAGAAGUGUCUGCGCAAGGACUCGGAUGCAUGACCAUGACUUUCGCAAUCUACGGGCCUCUGAAGCCUGAGUCCGACAUGAUAAAGCUCAUUCGCCAUGCAAUCAACUCCGGCAUCACCUUCCUUGACACCUCCGACAUCUACGGACCCUACACCAACGAAAUCCUCCUCGCCAAGGCAAAGAAUGGGAUGAGGGAGAAAGUACAUUUGGCUACAAAAUUCGGGAGGAGAAUUGUUGAUGGACAGAGAGACAUAUGUGGAGACCCUGCCUAUGUACGGGCUGCUUGUGAGGCCAGCUUGAAGCGGCUAGAUAUUGAUUGCAUUGAUCUUUACUACCAACAUCGCACUGAUACACGCGUGCCUAUUGAAGUCACAAUAGGAGAAGUAAAGAAACUGGUGGAAGAAGGCAAAGUAAAAUAUAUAGGUCUGUCAGAGGCCUCAGCUUCAACAAUCAGAAGAGCACAUGCUGUUCAUCCAGUAACAGCGGUGCAGCUGGAAUGGUCUUUGUGGUCCAGAGACGUGGAGGCAGAAAUCAUUCCCACUUGCAGAGAACUUGGCAUUGGGAUAGUAGCAUACAGUCCUCUUGGACGGGGAUUCUUCUCAUCUGGUCCAAAAUUGUUUGAAACUUUCAGUGAAGGGGAUAGACGAAAGGAGCUACCAAGAUUCCAACCCGAUAAUCUGGAGCACAAUAAGUGCUUGUUUGAGAGGGUUAAUGAUAUGGCAAACAGAAAGGGAUGCACCCCUUCACAGCUAGCUCUGGCCUGGGUACAUCAUCAAGGAAAUGACGUUUGUCCGAUACCUGGUACCACUAAACUUGCGAAUCUUAAUGAAAACAUCGGAGCAUUGUUUGUGAAACUGACGAAAGAAGACAUGGCUGAGCUUGAAUCUAUUGCUUUAACCGUCAAGGGAAAAAGAUCUACGCCUGCUAUGGAAACAUGGGAAACUUCAGACACUCCUCCUCUGUCAACUUGGAAAGCAACUGCAUGAAGACUUAUAUUACCUUGUUGAAGCAGAGAGCAUUAAAUAAAAUUAACACGAUAACAUGUAUAUCGUGGAAUCUUAUCUAAAAACCUUAUGUGCAUUUGAGGGUUCUCUCCUGCUUUUAGAUGCACUACGAGUCAAAGUCGAACAAUACAGAAUAGUACGCGGCCUCGCUUCAAUAAAUUGACUGCUAAAAUAUCGAAUAAUACGACCUGUUGUUGCAAA